AUGAGUCUGUAUACCGUGUCAGCAUUACUAGUCUUGAAGAAGAAUAGAGAGUGGCAUAUGUGUGUGGACAGCAGAGCUAUCAACAAGAUCAUCGUGAAGUAUCAAUUUCCUAUCCCACAGUUGGAAGACAUGUUAGAUAUGUUGUCUAAUGGAUCAAAAGUGUUCUCCACGAUAAAUCUCAAGAGUGGAUUCAUCAGAUUGAGAUUAGAGAAGGAGAUGAGUGGAAAACUGCUUUUAAGACAAAAGAAGGCCUGUAUGAAUGUUUACUUCGAUGAUAUCCUGAUUUAUAGCCAGAGCGAGACUGCACAUUUGGACCACUUGAGGGAGGUACUAAUAGUUUUGCAAGAGAACAAGUUGUACAUCAAUCUAAAGAAAUGCAACUUCAUGACCGGUAGCCUUGUAUUUCUAGGCUUUGUCGUUUGUGCAGAGGGUAUCCAUGUUGAUGAAGAGAAGGUGUGUGCUAUUCGAGAUUGGCCUACACCGAAGACUGUCAGUGAGGUUCGUAGUUUUCAUGGCCUAACAACGUUUUAUAGGAGAUUUGUCAGAAAUUUUAGCAGUAUUGCAGCUCCUUUCACUGAAUGCAUGAAGAAAGGAAAGUUUAAUUGGGGAGUAGAAGCGGAUCGUAGAUUUGCAUUAAUCAAGGAGAAAUUGGUCACCGCACCAGUACUUGCACUUCCAGACUUUCAAAAGGUGUUUGAAGUUGAUUGUGAUGCAUCCAUCGUAGGAAUUGGAGGUGUUCUAUCUUAA